AUGGGGAGCCCCCGGCGGCUGCUGCUGGUUUCCAACUCCACCCUGCACGGAGGGGGAUACCUGAGCCACUGCCAGCAGCACAUCCAGAGCUUCCUCGGGGAGAAGGUGAAGCGGGUGCUGUUCGUUCCCUACGCCCUGCACGACCGAGAUGCCUACGCCCGGACCGUCAGGGAGAAGUUUGAAAGCUUGGGUUAUGAGCUGGACAGCAUUCAUGAAUCUUGUGAUCCAGUGGAAGCUGUAAGGAAAUCUGAAGCAAUAUUUAUUGGAGGUGGGAACACAUUCCGUCUCCUGAAAGCUCUCUACGACAAGUGUCUGAUACAGGAGAUCAGGAAAAGAGUUCUUGAGGAUGGGAUUCCUUACAUGGGGUCCAGCGCAGGAACUAAUGUUGCUACCAUCAGCAUCAAUACUACCAAUGACAUGCCAAUUGUUUAUCCACCUUCACUGCAAGCCUUAGGUUUAGUUCCUUUUAAUAUUAACCCCCACUACCAGGACCCAGAUGUUAAAAGCACUCACAUGGGUGAGACAAGAGAGGAAAGAAUUAAUCAAUACCAUGAAGAACCAAACACUCCUCCAGUUCUGGGCUUGCGGGAAGGUACGAUGCUGCUAGUGGAAGGAGACAAAGCCACUUUGCAAGGAGUGACAGGAGCACGUCUGUUUUUGAGGGGUAAGAAACCAACUGAACACGAGCCUGGAACAGAUUUCAGUUUCCUCCUGAUUGACAGAAAUCUCCAGAAUCUGUAGCCUUGCAUACAGCGCACUUUUCCCCAUCUAAAUUCAUGUAUUGGAAAUCUCUCUUUCCCAGCAAAAUGACAACUUUUACUGCAGUACUUGAGUAAUCAUAGGUAUUCUUCAUCUGAAAGGGCCUGUGUAUUCAUGUAUCCACUUUGAUUCCUUCCCCACCAAAAAAAAAAAUAAAAAAAAUUCCUUUAACACAAAUAAGACCAGAUACCAAGUCAACAGUUCCUGCUGCCUGGCUUUACCUGCUAAAUGAAAGAAUUGUUAGUUUAGUGUACUCUCACCCUAUUAGUUUAAUUUUUGUGCUAUGAAUAAAGGAAGAACUUAUGCAUUCAA